GGUUGAUCGAGUGCGGGAGUCGGUGUUGAACGACAGGUUUCUUCUUUGUCGCUGACGAUCGCGAUCACUGGAUUAAGCCGAUGUUCUAGCUCAAGAAGUUCAAGUCGUUAAGGUGCAAGCCGGUGUGGUGCGUCAAGACGCGGUGCCGUCAGCGGAAAAUUUAUUUUCGUUCAAAAACAAAACCAUAGGCCAGUGACCAACGCGUUUGUUUGCAAACAAACCCGAGCGGCCGAAUCCCGUGUGCCGGCCGUUCCUCGGGGUGUCUACCGCGAGGUCUCCAAACCUGAGAAAGUCACCCCACCGAUAAAAAUAGUUCGUGUGCGCGAAACGGUUAUUAUUUCGGGUGUGUGUUCCUUGUUUUGUGUAUUGUGAGAAAGAAAAAUUACGACGCCGCGCAAAAGAAAUAUUGCAAAAUUGUGCCCAAAAAGUUGCGCCCGAGUUGCGAAAUGUUAGCGCGCCGGUGUCAAUUUGACCCCGAAAGGAUUAUUCGAGUGGCGAUCGUUCCUGUCAUUGCGUCACAGAUGUGAGAACAUUGCGAUUUGAGUGAAUUAUUCAACAUUUUAUCCCCCAUCGAAGAAUAUAACAACGCAUUUUACAACAAAGUAGAUUGAGGGAAAAAACACAAAACCGUGAAAUCGUAGUCAUAAUUGUGUGGUGCCACAAUUUACAGCAGUGUGUGAGUGCGUGAUUGAAUUACAGAGCGUUUGUUUACAGUGGAGAUUUUUCCCAGUGUUUUGUUAACUGUGAACGUAAUUCGGUAUUGUUCGUUUACGGCAAAGUGGAGGAUAAUUUUGGAAAGAAGAAAAGGCUCAACUCGGAGUGGAAAUAAUUUGUGACCACGAUGAUAACUGGGAGUACUGCUAUUGUUAUGAUUCAUCGCUCUGUCGCGGGUAAUAAUCGGAUAAAACCGCAUGGACGCCUUUUCAACGAAACGUAAGAAGCAGCAGCAUUACAACACAACCGGUGACUUCAACAACUCGCCAGCCUCAUAUUCUAAACAGACGCAGAGGAAACGGAACAUUCUCUCCAAGCAGGAGGUAUUCCGCAUGCUAGCCCCCCAACUAGACCCAUUACCAAGGCGUAUCGUUCGCCACAAUCUCGCAGCAUGGAUGUUGUUAGAGUCUCCAAUAGUAUUAAUACCAGCGAACAACAGCAGCAGCAGUUACAGUCGCCGCAGCCCCAGCAAUUACAAACCCCCCAACAGCAGAAUAGCGUCGGAAGUACCAAGGCCAUCAACAGCAACGCCUACCAGACUCCCCGGAAUGGCUUAAACCGUCAGCCGGCGGUCGGGGCUGGUUCGUCGUCGACGGGUUCGCUCGGUUCCGAGGGUCUGUUGCUGCACCAGGCCUCGGCCUCCAGCGAUUCGGGCAACAGUUCGUGCGUGAGUGGUAGCGGCGUCGGCGGCGGGACGGCCCCGGACGACCCAGAGACAAAGAAUGACGCCAGCUUUGGCAGUAGUGCUAGUGCGGGUGAAGUGACCGGGGUCGGGUUGAACGCCGGGGAAGAAGAUGAAGAGGAAGAUGAACGGCAGUCGCUGUUGCUGAAGAAGCCGUCGAAGAAGAAGGGCGCUACCAUCUACGUGAACAAGGUGUACGACGAAGGGAUUGGGUUGGGCGGUGGGACGGCACGUGGCAGCUCGACGGAAACGGACGACCGGGAAGACCCGGAAGAAGAGCGGGACGUGAAGCCACUGCUGGUGGAGAAUGAAAAGCGCAAACCGCCGAAGAGUAUCGUGAAGAGCCCGUCGAAUCUUAGCUUUGGCGCGAAGGAAGCGGGUGGCGUCGGUCAGCGGCCGCGACUUAAUCUACAGUUUCAGCAACCGGUGGAAACCGUCAUUGACGAUCGGCCGGUGCACCAUGUGCAGUUUUCGAAGCAGCAGGACAACGGGUACUGUUACGGGCCGGAGCAGGACCUCGCCAAUGGGACCAAGGUGGAUCAGGCCGUUUGUGGCAGUCCGAUGGGAAGCAUCCUGUCGAGGGCGUCCGGUGGAUCGAGUACGUCUUCGUCCGGAUCUUCGUCGAACGAGAACAGCUCGCUGGGAGGUUACGCCGAGGCGCGACCACCGGACGGUGGAUGGGGUUGGGUGGUGUGCUUUGCGUCGUUUAUGGUGAACCUGAUUGCCGACGGUGUUACAUUUAGCUUUGGGGUGCUGUACGUGGAGCUGCUGUCGUACUUUGGAGAGGGGAAAGGUAAAACCGCCUGGGUCGGUUCGCUGUUCAUGGCUAUGCCGCUGCUGUCCGGCCCGAUCGCGUCCUUCCUAACGGAUCGAUACGGCUGCCGCAACGUGACGAUCGUUGGUUCGAUACUGGCCUCGCUUGGCUUUGCCCUGUCCGCGUACGCCAACACGAUCGAGAUGCUGUACCUCACCUUUGGAGUGUUGGCCGGUUUCGGGCUGAGUCUGUGCUACGUGGCCGCUGUCGUGAUCGUGGCGUACUACUUUGACAAGAAGCGCUCCUUCGCGACGGGACUGUCCGUGUGUGGCAGCGGCAUCGGAACGUGCAUCUUCGCCAAGGUGACGCAGAUUCUGCUCGACGAGUACGGAUGGCGUGGGACUACGCUCAUACUGGCGGGCAUCUUCCUCAACAUGUGUCUUUGUGGCCUUUUGAUGCGUGACUUGGAGUGGACCACGCACAAGUCGAAGCUGAAGCGGAAGCAACAGAAGGAGGCGGACUCGUACUCGGUCAGCAACAGCACCAAUACGGCCGGAACGGCCAGCAAUUUGAACGCGACCGAUGCGACGUCCGGAGGAGGUCCUGCUGCUGCUGGAGGACCACAGCAGCAGGGCGGCGGUGAUCCAGAAGCCGCACUGCUCGAUCCGGACGAUCCGCGACUGUUUAGUUCGUUAAUCUCCUUCCCGACCUUCAUCAAGAACGGCGAGAAGGUUCCGUUCGAAGUAUUAGAAUUACUCUACAAGCACCGAAAUGUGCACGAGCACGUUUUGCAAAACUAUCCCAAUUUGCUACAUUCUCGUAGCUUUAGCGAACCUCUAGCGCCUAAGAGCAACGAACUCAGCCCCGAAAAGACGAUCAACCCCGAACAGCGGGAACCACUCGACGGGCAACACCACAAACGCCAGCUGAACCUCCCGCCCGGGGAUGACCUCGAACAAGCGGAUCAUCCCUUCCUGCGGCGUGCCCACAGCCAUCGCCCAACGACCGGCCUGCGAACACCAACAACCGCCUACCUGAAAGAUCUCCGCAUGCAUCGCCACUCGCUCACCUACCGUGGCGCCAUGCUCAACAUCCAGCGCUACCGGCUGCGGGCCUCAUCCUGUCCGGACAUUUACCGCAACUCGAUGACGACGAUCGCCAAGGAGAAAACCGCCUGGUAUCAGGGAAUAGAUGAGUUCAAAACACUGCUGGUCAGUAUUCUGGACCUCUCCUAUUUCCGUGAUGUCCACUUUCUGCUGUUUGCCAUCUCCAACUUUCUGCUGUACACGUGGUACGACGUGCCGUACGUGUACCUCACCGACAACGCCACCGAGAUGGGCUUCUCGCCGUCCCAGUCGUCGAUGCUGAUCUCGAUCAUCGGAAUCGUCAACAUGGUGGGCGAGAUCGCUCUCGGCUGGAUGGGCGAUUGCAAGUCGAUCAACCCCAACACGGUGUACGCGGUUUGCAUGGGUCUUUGCGGUCUGGUCACGGCCCUGGUGCCGCUAUUCACCGACUAUUUGUCGUUGUCGGUGUUGGCGGGCGCCUUCGGUCUGUUCAUUGCCGCCAACUACUCGCUCACAAGUAUUAUCCUGGUCGAGCUGAUCACGCUGGAAAAGUUUACCAACGCGUACGGGUUGCUGCUGCUGGUGCAGGGCGUGGCCAACCUGGUUGGGCCACCGUUGGCUGGAUGGAUCUCGGACAUGACGGAGAACUACAACCUGUCGUUCUACCUGGCCGGGCUGUUUAUUGCGCUGUCCGGGCUGCUGCUGUUUGUGCUGCCCGCGAUCGGCAAGUACAAAAAGUUUAACCAAAGACGCACCUCCAAGCAGAAGCAGCAGCAGCAGCAGGGAGGCUGCUACGGGAUGGACCAUUUGACGCAACUGACACCGGGAAGCAAACCGAACGGCACCUCCGUGCUGAUCACCGACUGUUUUGCCCAGGAAAAGCUGCUCAAGGAGGGCGCUAACGUUUGAGGAGUGAUAAUUGAGCAGUAGUUUGUAAGAUUAGGCCAUAUUUCUAGAAAGAGUUUUAUUUUUAUUUUAGUUUUUUUUCAUAACUUUUGCCAUAUUGCUUUUCAGUUCAUGUUAAAUGUGAUCAUCAAAAUGAAAUUGUAAAUUUGCGCAGCCCAGAUAUUCUACUCUUCCUGUGAGCUAUUCUAGUGCGAUAAGUGAUGCUCAUCGUUUUUAGUUGUUCAACUCUUGACACUUUUUAAUUUAUUUACAUUUGACGUAGUGUUAAGCGCCCUAAGCGAGUGCAACAAGCAACAUUUGGAACCCCCUUUUGCGAGGAACUUGAGGAAGAAAUUACUAUAGACAUUAGGGUGUUUCAUCCAAACAAAAAAGUUCUCAGAAUCAGGCAAACCGAGGUUCCCCUAGUAGAGGAUACCCAUAGGGACUCUCAUGCCAAAUAUCAGCCCAUUUGGUUGAGAAUUGGCCUGUCCCCAGCGGUUUAAAGUUUACAUGGAAAUUACUAUGGGAUUUUUGUGCUUUUCGUUCAAUCGUUCCUACAGGUCUGGGGACAACAUGGAUUCACUCGGAAUAAAGACAGGUGUG